AUGGAUUCAAAGUGGUUGUCUCAAAACAUUGUUAUUUUCUUUCUCUUAACCAUUUUGAACACUCAUCAUGUCCAAUGCCAAACCAACUUAUUCUCAAUUGUUCAAUUUGGUGCCAUUUCCGAUGCCACAACAAAUAGCAAACAGGCAUUUUUGAAUGCAUGGAAGAAAGCUUGUAUAAUUAAUGGAGGCACGAUUAGUAUUCCAGCAGGAACUUUUCAACUAAGUGAUAUUGAAUUUUUAGGGCCAUGCAAAGGCCAAACCAAUUUUGUAUUGAAUGGAACCCUAAUUGCUCCUACUGUUCCUACUCCUAACCUUGAUUAUUGGAUCAUCUUUCGCGAUGUCGAUGGUCUUUCCAUUUCUGGCAAAGGCACCUUAAAUGGAAAUGGAGCCUCCUAUUGGAAAAGCAAGCAACAAACGUUUGUGACGUCAUUGAAGCUAGAGCACGUAAAGAACGCGGGGAUCCGAGACAUACACUCUGUCAAUAGCAAAAAGUUCCACUUCGCCAUAAACAACUGCCAAGGCGUCGCUAUCACUAACGUCGGCAUCACGGCCCCGGGCAACAGUCCCAACACCGACGGAAUCCACCUCCAAGCCUCCGAAAACAUCAUAAUCUCCAACACCAACAUCGCCACUGGCGACGACUGCAUCUCCAUCGGCGACGGAGUCACCAACAUGAACAUCACAGGCAUAAAUUGCGGGCCGGGCCACGGCAUCAGCAUCGGAAGCCUCGGAAGAUAUCCCAACGAAAAGGAGGUCAAAUCCAUUUCCGUCACAAAUUGCAAUUUCACCAACACGCAGAACGGGCUGAGGAUUAAAACAUACGGGCCCUCGCCACCGGGCCUCGUAUCCGAAAUUACGUUUCAAGGCAUUGGGAUCAGAAAUGUUCAGAAUCCAAUCGUCAUCGACCAACACUAUUGCCCCAACGCGAAGUGCUCGACUCCGGGCGAGUCGAGCAUUGCCAUAAAAGGCGUCAGGUUCAUCGACGUUAGAGGCACCUCGAAUGCGGCCGUUGGAGUCAAGAUUGAAUGCAGCAAAAGCAAGCCAUGCGAAGACAUAGAGUUGAAAGGAGUUAGCUUGACUUUCAAAGGGAAGCCAACUACUGCGAUUUGCUCUUCGGCCGAUGUCAAAUUUCUAGGAAAUAACCAAAUUCCUUCACGUUGUUCUAAGUAAAUGCAUCAUAGAUUCAUAGUUGAUACCUCAUCAUCAAUCAUAUC